AUGCCUUGUGAGCCAGCAAUCGCAUCCAUGUCCUUGGGAAGAGCCUGGGUACAUUCUCUCCCCGAAAAGCUCGCCCAGGCAGCGAAAGCAGGAUUUAAAGGUGUCGAAAUAUUUUACGAAGAUUUGGAAUAUCUCGCUAAAGAAAAAGGGCCCGUUACUGAGUCAACCUUACUUUCUGCCGCUCAAGAAACGAGAGCAAUCUGCGACCACCAUGGCCUUAAAGUGAUUGGAAUGCAACCAUUCUUGUUCUAUGAAGGCUUAACGGAUCGAGCCAAGCACCAGGAAAAGAUCGAGCGCCUUAAGCUGUGGUUUGUCAUAGUCAAGAUUCUGGGCACCGAUAUCAUCCAAAUACCUUCUAACUUUCAAGCCGACGGAAUAUCGGGUGAUCUGGAUUUGAUUGUUUCCGACAUGAUCGAAGUCGCAGACCUGGGACUGAAAGAGGAGCCUGUCGUCCGAUUUGCAUAUGAGAAUCUCGCCUGGGGUACUUUCAUUUCAACGUGGGAGAGUUUGUGGGAGGUGGUUCGGCGCGUGGACCGGCCUAAUUUCGGGUGUUGUCUGGACACCUUCAACAUCGCCGGACGGGUAUGGGCCGACCCUGCCAGUAUCUCUGGUAAGACAACAAAUGCAGACGCGGCAUUGGCUACGUCAUUAGAGAACCUUGUUCGGACGGUCGAUGUGAACAAGGUGUUUUACGUGCAGGUUGUCGACGCAGAAAGAAUGCAACAGCCGUUGAUCGAGGGCCAUCCUUUUUAUGUCGAAGGACAGCCGGCGCGGAUGAGCUGGAGUCGCAAUGCCAGACUGUUCCUCUAUGAGCAAGAGCGCGGUGGUUAUCUCCCAGUAGUACAGGUAGCUGAAGCAUUCUUGAAAGGUCUUGGCUUUGAAGGGUGGGUGUCAAUGGAGUUGUUUUCGAGGUCGAUGGCCGAUCCAGAUUCGACAGUGCCAGAGACACAUGCACAACGGGGCAUUAAAGCUUGGAAGAGGCUGGCGGAGGAGCUGGAUCUCUAG